CUUAACAUAUAUUGACAAAUGCAUAAGGGGUAACUGUUAGUAAUGUUAUAAAGUUUAGUCUAUCUCUCAUUGAUGUUUUUUUUAACUUGUACAAUCCCAGCUUGCUGAUUCAAACCAGGCCGAUAUCUAAACUUCCACAUACUAUUGAAGCGUGGCAACGCUCCUAUGCCGAAAUCAAUAAUAAAGAUUUUAAAAAUGCGAACUUCGCAAGUAGGAGUAAAUUCAAACUCGAAAGCGCUAUUCUUCUACGGGUCCUUCACAUUAAAGCCCGAAUCAAAUCUUCAUCUUCAAUACACUGGAUCAAUGAUAAUCAAAUAUUUCCAGCAACGCAACGAUCAUAAGCCGAAGUAGCAUUUAGGGGUCAGCACUUUGAACCACUACUUCGAAUAAUAAAGAAUUUUUCCAAAGAUAUAGGGUGGACUUUGAAGGACUUCACAGAUUCAGGAUAUAUAAGACCAUUUUGGUCUUUUUUGGCACUCAUUGAAUACAACGAUAUAAAAGAAGAAGACAAAGAAUCUCCAGUACAAUAUAUCACCAUUUUUAUUGCUGUAUGAACUCGAUAUCAAUAAUUGUAAAGAGAUCUUUAUAUAAUAUUAAUCAAGAAAUCGAUUGGACAAUUAGACCUUUUUGGUAUUCUUGGAGGAGGUUAAUCGAUAAUAAAUAAUAAUUAUUAUAAUAAUAAUAUUAUUUAUAUUAGUAGUGGAAGACUUAGUCGUAUUUAAGCUCAAUAGGGUAAAGUCGAAUAUAAUCAUAAAUUGAAGUCAGAAUAGUAGAGUAGAGAUUUUGUUGCUUUUUCUGU